UUUUGUGCGACGCACAUGUCGAGGUGAAAGUGCGAGCUACUGCUGCUGCCAUUUUUUCGAAGCAGUCUUUUUGAUGAGUUCUGCAACCAGAGCCCAAAUGUGAGUUUAGCCGUGAGUCUUUGGCCUUUUUGUUUCAUAUUCUGGCCUGCUGAGACGUUUUGUGCACGAAGGUUUAAUUUUUAGGCGGGUUAAACAGGCUCGGCGCGGCACGGCUCUGCAGAUGGCUGCUUAGCUCGGCUAGCUAACGUUAGCUGGUGCUGUAAACAAACCGCCAGAGCCAGAGAGGGGACACUCUGAAGGUUUGUUUGACACUUUUAGUCCAUAAUCCAUCUAGUUAGGCGCUAUUAUAAGGUUAGAGCCCUAUCGUUUGGCUGCAGGAGGCUGUUUGCUGCUGCUUGUCUGCCUUCCAGUCAGCGACCCAACUUCAGUUUUGAUGACAGUGCGAGUUUCUCCAAAGCAGCUCGGAGCUCAGCGGCUUUAGAGCGGCUCGGAGUCGGUCCGGUCACCGGGGCAGCGCGCACUCACACGCCGGCAUGUCGUCCUUCUCCGAGUCUGCCCUGGAAAAGAAGCUGUCGGAGCUGAGCAGCUCCCAGCAGAGCGUCCAGACCCUGUCCCUGUGGAUCAUCCACCACCGCAAACACUCGGGCCUCAUCGUCAAAGUGUGGCACAGAGAGCUGAAGAAAGCUAAAAGCACCAGGAAGCUGACGUUCCUGUAUCUGGCUAACGAUGUCAUCCAGAACAGCAAGAAGAAAGGACCGGAGUUCACCAAAGACUUUGAGUCUGUUCUCGUCGAUGCCUGCUCACAUGUCGCCAGCGAAGCAGACGAGAACUGUAAGAAACACAUGGAGAGACUCCUGAACAUCUGGAAGGAGAGGAGCCUCUACAGAAGUGACUUCAUUCAGCAGCUCAAACUGGCCAUAGAAGACUCCAGCAGCCCCAGGCCCUCAGAAGAAAAGAAAGCCGUAAAACGAAGUUAUCAGAAAAUCCAGGAAGAUGAAGACGACGAUGACGACGACUACAGAAGCCACAUUUCUCCUCAUAACGCUGAUUCCUCUGCUACCCAGCUGACAGAGGAGCUGGUUAAAGCCCUGCAGGACUUAGAAAACGCUGCAUCAGGCGACGCUGCCGUUCGUCAGAAGAUCGCUUCGUUGCCACAAGAAGUUCAGGAUGUUUCUCUGCUGGAGAAGAUCACCGACAAGGAGGCGGCAGACAAGCUGUCAAAGACGGUGGACGAAGCCUGUCUGCUGCUGGCCGAGUACAACGGACGACUGGCUGCAGAGCUGGAGGACCGCCGGCAGCUGGCCCGCAUGCUGACCGAAUACAUCAGCAGCCAGAAGGAGGCGCUCAUGGAGAGAGAGAAGAAGCUGGAGGAAUACAAGCAGAAACUAGCGAGGGUGACUCAGGUGAGGAAGGAGCUCAAGUCCCACAUCCAGAGCCUCCCUGAUCUGUCUCUGCUGCCCAACGUUACCGGAGGUUUGGCGCCGCUGCCUUCAGCCGGAGACCUUUUCUCCACUGACUGAGAGAAAAACUACCCUCGUGUCCCUCCCCAGCAAGACUCAGCCUCACGUUUGACUCUCAGGAGUCCUCCCAGCUCAUGGUCAGCAGAACACCCAGCUGCUGAGGAACCUGCAGGACGAGGACGGAAGGUUUGGUGAAAUGAGAACAGAGACUCUGUCAGCCUGGAUUCAUUUCCCCAUAACCGGCUCGGUCAUCGAGGAUUCCACUUCACCAGCUUAGAACAAGUUUCUUUCCUGAUUUUUAAAAAAAAAAAAAAAAAAAAAAAGUUUAGUUUUAAAUGCUGGAGAUGUCUGCGGUUUGAGGGGAGGGGCAGGUGGAAGCAGCGACGUGUAGACAUGAAUGUUGUUUGUCAAUCAAAGCUUCUAUUUUUGGUUUAGUGAGUGAAGGCCGGCUCUCUAAGCUCUUAUAGGUUGUGACGACACUGUGAAGAGGAUGUACGUUCAUUAGUUUUAUUUCUCAGCUUUCAGUUGGAGGUUUUUUAUUGGCCCGUAGUCAGACAGGUGGUUUUGAUGUGCGUGUUUCUAAUUAGAGGAAAUCUCAGAUGGAGUUCAGUGUACGUUGCUUUUUGGUUGUUUUCACAGCUGUUACACUCGUCUCACCAACACUUCGUAGAGUCUCAUUAAACAGAACGAUGUUUUCAAGUCAAGAGAGGCUUUCGUGUUUCCCUUGUCAAGCAAUUGUUCUCAUUUUUUGACAAAAAAGGAAGCGCGCAACUGAUUUCAUGCUUAAAAUUGGCAAAGCAAAUCCUGGAUGUUAGAAAAAGUGUUAUUCUUUGAGAGAAACUGUACUGUAAAAGACAGUAUCUUCUGAAAGAGGGAGGAAAAUGGUGUGAAAAAUGAAAGAUAAGUGUUAAAAGUAAUAAUUUUUAGCAUCUGUAGGGCUGAGCAAUAUGGAAAAAAAUUAACUAGAAGUUCAAAUGAAAAGAAAUAAGUCAGGAAGGGUUACAUUAGUGGCACUAAAUUUACUGAGACAAGAACAGAAUCUGGUUAUUUAGGAAGAAAACUAUGCAAAAUAAUAUUAAAUCCUUACAAUUGUUGCAUAUUGCUCAGUCCUGUUUGAGUGUAGAUGUCCAGUAUUUACAUAUUUACCAGACCCUUUUAUGUAUGUCUUAAAAAAGGUGAUAAAUCACAUCAUACAUCUAAAAAUUUAGAUUUUAUGUUUGAGCAACUCCCCAAGUAAUAAUUUGGUUUAAACUCUUUAAAGUCAGAACAACAUUCAUCAUCUGUAUAAGUCGUUUUUGAUUUUCAGUCGUCUGUAAGAAAAAAAGGAUGCAGUUAUGGAGGAGUUUUAUGAUAAAAGGUCAGCGAUGUUCAUCCAGACAAAGCUCUUGUUUUGUCAAAGCUUUCAGAAGCACACGGCGGCUCCUGCUGCUGGAGGAAAGAGUUUUCUGACAAUAAAAGAAGAUUUCAGCAGCGGAAACGCACCUGCUGAUGCAGCAGGAUCAGGUGAGAAAUGCUGCUGCUAAUCCUUCUCAGUAAACUCUGGUGUAUCCUGGAAAAAAUAUCUCAAACAGCUUCAGCUUUGUCUGUUAAACCAAAACUGUGUGGAUGUAAUCAUUAGUGUCUUGGGCCAGAUGUCAAAUAACUUUUCUGUACCUUGGACCUGAGUUAAAUAAGUGUUAAAUAUGACCACUGUACACCGGGAAGGAUUCCAGCAGCAUUUUAACCCAGAUGUGCUUCACUGUAGAUAUGAUUUAGAUAUUUUCUUACCGACGUGCGGUGUGGUAUGCGCUUCUCUCUGUGGAAUCAUACUGUACUACCAGGACUCUACCAGUAGUAGGCAGCGAUUUUCUGUAAUGAAAGUGAUUCAGUGGACGCCAAUAAACUGGAACCAUUUGAACAAA